AUGCCUGAGAAUUACCCGCCCUACACGCCCAUGCCCUCGCUCGGCCACGAGCUGGGGAUCAUGUUCGGGUUUAUUGGGAUCUGCCUGGCCACCAUGGCUGUGUAUACGCUUUUCUGGCGCGCAGCCCAACACCGCGCCCAAGCCCAAGACCUCGCCCGCCGCAAAGCCUUCCACAACCGCAGCGCCCCCUUCGGCACCACAGACCAGCUCCAGCUGCUCGGCACAACAGCCACCGUGACAGCCGGCCGAUAUGCAGACGUGCACGUCCAUGAGAAAAUGCUGGAUCGGUUCGGGAUCCCCGACGAUCACGUCGAGCUGCCUGUUCAUGAGGGCGCGGCGAUGCAGAUGCAGAUGCAGAUGUUGGAUUGGAGUCGCAGUCGGAGUCGGAGUCAGGUGCAGUUGGUGGAGAGUGCUGGCCCUAGUCCUGUUGCUGGUGGUAGUGUUAGUUCGAGUCCGGUUCAGACUCUGGCUCAGGGCCAAGGGCCUGUUAUUGGGGGGAAGGCGUAUCAGAGGUUGGGGCAGAGGGAUCUUUUGUGA